CAUUGCUUGAAGGGCAGUUCAGUUGGCCUGACUGACGAGGUUUCAUGAUUCUCACUUCGCCUUCAUGAAUCGAGAAGCUCGAUCUGUCUAGUUACACGAAUUCAUAGCGUACUUAAAGACAAUAAUCUCGAGCGUCGCUUUUACUAUUUCUGGCACGGAAGCGAAGACUGGCAAUUGUCUCACGAAAACGUAAUCGCUCAGAACAUCAAAUUUUGCAUCCUUUGUUUCGCAGGGAUUUAGAAUGGACGAUACUGCAGAAGGGAAGUUACAAGGCAAAGCAGCUGACGAUUCUGAAGAGGCAUCCAGUAGUAGUGCUAGCUCAGCCCCCGGUAAUAUGGUGCACAAAAAGCCGGUUGUGAUCAUUGUCAUCGGGAUGGCAGGUAGUGGAAAGACGACUUUGAUGCAGCGGCUGGUAUCACAUCUAUCAACCUCCAAAAGCAGAGGCUACGUAUUGAACCUUGACCCUGCAGUGAUGUCUCUACCUUUCAGUGCAAACAUUGAUAUCCGUGAUACUGUAAACUAUAAGAAUGUGAUGAAGGAAUACCACUUGGGUCCCAAUGGGGGAAUCCUGACAUCUCUCAAUCUAUUUGCCACUAAGUUCGAUGAGGUUGUGGGAUUGGUAGAGGCACGGGCGGCCGAUCUAGAUUAUGUACUUGUGGAUACCCCUGGACAGAUCGAAAUUUUCACGUGGUCGGCCUCUGGUGCGAUAGUUAUUGAAGCUUUCGCAUCUUGUUUCCCAACAGUUGUAACUUACGUCGUUGACACACCACGAUCCGUGAACCCGGUGACUUUUAUGAGUAACAUGCUUUACGCAUGUGGUAUACUGUAUAAGACACGGCUUCCACUACUUUUGGCGUUCAACAAGGUUGAUGUUGUGAAACAUCAGUUUGCCGUAGAGUGGAUGGAUGACUUUGAGGCUUUUCAAGCUGCUGUGGAGGGCGAUUCGUCUUAUUCCUCGAGUCUGAGCCGCAGUCUUUGCUUGGUUCUUGAUGAGUUUUACAAAAAUCUUAGCAAUGCCGGAGUUUCAGCUGUGACAGGGGAAGGUAUCGAGGAUUUCUUCCACCAAGUGGACAAGUGUGCUGAUGAGUACAUGGAGUCUUACAGGCCUGAUCUCGAGAAGCGGAAAGCUGAAAAAGCUCAAGUCGAGGCCAAACGGCGGGAAGCAAAUAUGGCUCGGUUGCAGAAAGACCUUGACGAUUCUAAAGGUCAAAACGUGGUUCUGAGCGCUCCGCGUCGCAUGGAAGAUGGAGAUGAAGAGGACGAAUUAGAUGAAGAGGAAGAGGAAGAGGAGGACGAUGACGACGACGCAAAUGGAGAAGAAGAGCGCGGUGAUGAAGUAUUCCGUGAAAUUGGAGGUCGUCUCUGAUUAUUCAGAUAUUUUUGGGCUUUGUAUGACUUAUACAUAACCGGAGUUACAGGAUCAGUCUCCCAUGUUUUUGAUCAUUUGAGCAAUGGCCUGAAACUUGCAAAUUCCUGGCAAUAUUCAAUCUGAACAAUCUUGAUCGUACUUUAGAAUGGAGUAAAAACUUUCUGGCAUGCUAUUCCAUGCAAUCAACGUCAAAAUUAACUUGUCACUCUGUUAUGAUUUUAAAAAGUAAGAAUCUCUUGUAACCUUUA